GACGCCAUGGCCGCCGCCUUGGCUGGACUCACGUUGCCCGCUGUCGUGGAGGAGCUCCUGAGUGAGAUGGCCGCGGCGGUGCAGGAGAACGCGCGAAUUCCUGAUGAGCAUUUAUCAUUGCUGAAGUUCAUCUUUGGCCCAUCAGCCAUUCAGGCCUUGGACCUUGUUGAUCGACAGUCCAUCACCUUAAUCUCAUCGCCCAGUGGGAGGCGUGUUUACCAGGUACUUGGAAGUUCUGGUAAAACGUACACAUGUUUGGCUUCUUGUCAUUACUGUUCAUGUCCUGCGUUUGCCUUCUCCGUGCUGCGGAAGAGUGACAGCUUGCUGUGCAAGCAUCUCUUGGCAGUUUAUCUUAGCCAGGUGACAGGGACCUGCCGACAGCUGAAGGUCUCUGACAAGCAACUGACAGACGUAUUAUUUGCAGAGAAGAAACAAAAAGCAUAA